GGGUCGCUUGUUUUGUGUGACCAACAAUCCGCUCUAUUCAAUGGAGGAAGCGACCCGAAUCGACCAGAUUUUUAAAGCCUUUUUAUUUCAAUUUUAAUAGUAACAGUUAUUUUAAAAUAUUCUUAUAAAGAGUUAUCCGACAGAGUUUAGCCUAAGUUUAGCCGUGAUUACUGAUGGCGUCUGCUGAUAUAAACCAACCCACGCCCAUUGUCGUCCCGGCUAUUCCUGGAGCCGUCUAUGAAGACGACGAAGUGCCGCUCAUGCAAGUAUGGGAAUUGGCCAUGAGAAGCGAUUCGUCCAUUGGGAGAGACAGAAUUAAAGUGAAGACGAUACUCUCUCCGGACAAAUUUGCGAUGCAAGGACUGGUUAUGUUUGGACCUCAUCCACUUUUUUACGAAGACGAAGCGAGUAAGAAAUUGCGCAAGGAAUUCGUUCUUGACUAUCUGACGUGCGACGUUGUGCAAGGCGAUGACCCAGAACUGAAAGAGGAGGGCGGCAUCACGGUCAAGAACUUGAAUGGCAAGCCCUUGAACUUCAAGAAGCUACAAAAUGGACUAAUCAAGGUUAACAACGUUCUGAUAAGAAGUAGCAGAACUCUUGAUGAUGAUAUUAUAGUUCAUGAACUGGAUGAAGUGUUGUUCGAUCACCAGCGAAAGAUUGACGAGGCUGUUGAUGACUUGAUCGAGAAAGGAUCGACAGAUGAAGAUUUGUGUGCGAGUGAUGAAGAGGAGAGCAGAGUGUAAAUGCUCUGAAGAUGACGCAAGUACUUCAAACUUCGCAAAUACCCUAGACACUGAACACUUGGAAAGGGGGAAACGAUAUUAAUUAGAAACUUUUUAUUCUUACGUUUUGGACCACAGACUUAUUUUAAUGAAGAAAUCUCUUAUUUUAUGGCCAAUCAUGCUUUUUAACUUGUGAAGGAGAACUAGUAAACUAGUCGCCAGAUA